UAGUGGUUAACAAGAAUAGUAUUCUCAAAUAAUCUCCUAGUAUUCUAAAACGUAGUGUUCCAGCCAGUGUUCUUUGUAGUGUAGCUUUAAUUCCUGUUUUAGUAUAUUCUAUAUGGAUUUGAAACAAUAUCCUAUUUCGAUGGAGUCUUCAGCGUUACAGGGCACAGAGAAUGUUUGCGUAAACGUUCAGCGCUGCGAGGAAGCGUGUAUAACAUAUGAGCCCACGUCCGUGGAAGUGUCUGUGAAGAUUGAGCCGCUGGAUGAUGUGUAUGUAAAGGACGAGUCCAAACGCGAAUGUGUGUACAUACAAGCUGAACCAUCGUACUCAGAUGUGAGUGUAAAAGACGAGUCGCCCGGCGUGAGCGCGGCGACGGGGCUGUACUCCGAACACGCCGUUAAAGAUGAGCUCGUGCUCGGCCCCGUGCUAGUGGAGCGGCGCGUGCGCCACGCACCAACAGCUUUCAACACAGAUAUUGAAGUCAAGCAGUCACGUGAGCUUGUCCCAGAGAGCACAGACGGAGACAACCAAAGACAAGUUCUGGAACCUGGCGUAGAGGAACUUAGUAACACCAGAGUUGGGAAAGCUAAAAGGAACAAACGAGCCCUUAUUAAGGUGGAAGCCGGAUUUAUGGAUGAGGAGGCGCGUGUGAAGGAGGAGUGUGAGGACAGCACAGACGGGUGCGGCGUGAGCGAGGCAGCCAUGCUGGCCGGCCUGUACGACGAGCACGUGGUCAAGGACGAGCUCGUGCUGGGGCCGGAGCGCCCGCACCGCCCCACAGUCGCCCCGGUGGUGAGAGCGCCCACUCUUGUCUCCUCUGCUGUGGUGUCGGGUCGGCGCCGCUCGUGCUCGGUCAGGCUGGAGCGCCUGCUGGUGGACGCGGAGCGGUGCGCCUGCCGGGUCGGGCGCCGCACAUACAAGCUGCACGCCACCGAGUCCGCACCCACACCCCAUGUCACCACCACCAUCUAUCAAUGUCACCAUUGCGUCAAACUGUUCAGGAGCAAGUCGGUUUUGAAGAAGCACGUACACACUCACUCGCCUUUACAUAAUUUAACCGUAGGGGAUUAUGGUUUAGAACGACAUCAAAUGCUACACGGUGACAAAAAACUGUAUAAAAAGGCUCACAUGAUUAUACACACAGGCGAAAAGCCUUUCAGUUGUAGUCACUGUAGCUACAAGUGUAGAAGUAAAGCAAAUUUACAGCGUCACCUGAUGACUCACACAGACGAGAAGCCUUUCAGUUGUAGUCACUGUAGCUACAAGUGUAGAAGAAAAGGAGAGUUACAGACUCACCUGAUUACUCACACAGACGAGAAGCCUUUCAGUUGUAGUCACUGUAGCUACAAGUGUAAAAGAAAAAGAGACUUACAGACUCACCUGAUUAUUCACACAGACGAGAAGCCUUUCAGUUGUAGUCACUGUGGCUACAAGUGUAAAAGAAAAAGUGAGUUACAGCAACACCGGAUGACUCACACAGACGAGAAGCCCUUCAGUUGUAGUCACUGCAGCUGCAAGUGUAGAAGUAAAGCAGAUCUACAGAGACACCUGAUGACUCACACAGACGAGAAGCCUUUCAGUUGUAGUCACUGUAGCUACAAGUGUAGAAGAAAAGAAGAGUUACAGACUCACCUGUUUACUCACACAGACGAGAAGCCUUUCAGUUGUAGUCACUGUAGCUACAAGUGUAAAAGAAAAAGUGAGUUACAGCAACACCGGAUGACUCACACAGACGAGAAGCCCUUCAGUUGUAGUCACUGCAGCUACAAGUGUAGAAGAAAAGCAGAUCUACAGAGACACCUGAUGACUCACACAGACGAGAAGCCUUUCAGUUGUAGUCACUGUAGCUACAAGUGUAGAAGAAAAGGAGAGUUACAGACUCACCUGUUUACUCACACAGACGAGAAGCCUUUCAGUUGUAGGCACUGUAGCUACAAGUGUAAAAGUAAAAGAGACUUACAGACUCACCUGAUUACUCACACAGACGAGAAGCCUUUCAGUUGUAGUCACUGUAGCUACAAGUGUAAAAGAAAAAGAGAGUUACAGCGUCACCUGAUGACUCACACAGACGAGAAGCCCUUCAGUUGUAGUCACUGCAGCUACAAGUGUAGAAGUAAAGCAGAUCUACAGAAACACCUGAUGAACUCACACAGACGAGAAGCCUUUCAGUUGUAGUCACUGUAGCUACAAGUGUAGAAGAAAAGGACGGUUACAGAGUCACCUGAUGAUUCACACAGACGAGAAGCCUUUCAGGUGUAGACGUUGUGACCAUAAGUCUAGAA